CAUUGGGUCGCCACGAUGAACAGCUGCUGCUUUAUCUGUGUAUUCGCUGUGCUGAUAAACAAAGUGUGUCUGCAGCUCACAGUAGAGGCUGUUAUUGGUGGUUCUGUUGUCCUGCCGUGUUCCUCAGCUGAACAUAGUAAAAUAGACAUUGAUGUGAGCUGGAGACACAAUGGCAGCAAAAUUGUAUUUGAUAUAAUUCCACACAGUAAUUCACCAGUGACACAGGAUCCAGAGUACAAGAACAGAACUGAAACUUUCCCUCAGGAGUAUCUGAGAGGAAACUUCUCCAUCAAACUCAACCAUCUUCAACACACUGAUGCAGGACAAUACAUUUGCUAUAUCACACACUCAUCUAAAUAUCAGACUGUACAGCUGAUCAUCAAUGGAUCAAUAUCCACUGAACAAGGAGAAACAGAACAGGACAGAAUGGUGCCAUCACUGCCUGUACUCUUGGUUUGCAUUAUAUUACCUGUGUUAUUGAUAUUGGUUGUUAUUUUCAUUGUAGUUUUCUUGAAAAAAAAGUGCUCAAGCAGCCAGAGGCCAGCUGGAAACGGCGUGGGUUCGGCCACUCCUGAGGUUGUGAGCCAUUCUGCACAAUAUGAACCAGUAAAGGUUGAUAAUCAUGACGAAGCAGUUGUUUUCUUGAAAAAAAAGUGCUCAAGCAGCCAGAGGCCAGCUGGAAACGGCGUGGGUUCGGCCACUCCUGAGGUUGUGAGCCCUUCUGCACAAUAUGAACCAGUAAAGGUUGAUAAUCAUGACGAAGCAAUCGAGAAGCAGCUCCACCUGCUGGUCAGUUCUUCGAACUGCAAAGCACUCUAUAAAGUAGCCCUGUGUUGCGCGGAAGAGGAAGGAGAGAUGGUCCCAGGCGUGGAUGCAACAGAAGUGGAACUCUACGACUUCAUCGCUGAUUUCAUGCAAGGAGAACAACUGCAGAGUCUAGAGGACCAAGGAAUGGCCCGCUUGCUCACCCUUCAUGACCUCGUUCGUGAGUUGACUGCUACGGAACAAGGUUUCGCUUCCAACGUCGAAGAAAACGAAGUGACUGUGGGACUGGUAUCAUAA